AUGCCGGACCCCCGUGUCUUCAUAAUCCGCCAUGGCGAAACAGAAUGGUCCCUCAACGGCCGACACACCGGCACCACCGAGCUGCCCCUGACCUCCAACGGCGAAAAACGCAUCCGCGCAACAGGCAAAGCCCUCGUCGGCGACGACCGUCUCAUUGUUCCUGGCAACCUCGCACAUAUUUAUGUCUCCCCGCGGCACCGCGCACAGCGCACUCUCGAACUACUCGACCUCGGGUGUCGCGAGCGGUAUCCCUGGAAGCUCGAAGAAGGAAAGCCUGCGGAGGAGGAGGUGAGAACGCGCGCGCCGAUACAGGUCACGGAGGGCAUUAGAGAGUGGGACUACGGGGACUACGAGGGUCUAACGAGCGCGCGGAUACGCGAGCUCCGCAAAGAGCAAGGGCUCAGUGGGGACUGGGAUAUCUGGCGCGACGGGUGCCCCGGCGGUGAAUCGCCGGAGGACGUCACACAACGACUCGAUGCUCUAAUUUCCGACCUACGAACGCGCUUCCACAAGCACCGAUUCGGAAAGGGCGCGGGUUGGAAGGGAAGUGACAGGACGGGCGCGAAUGAUGUGUUGAUUGUGGCGCAUGGGCACAUACUGAGAGCGUUUGCGGCGAGGUGGGUCGGAAAGGAACUGAGGGAUAAUCCAAGUUUAAUUUUGGAGGCGGGUGGCGUGGGGACGCUAAGCUAUGAGCAUCAUAGGGUUGAGGAGCCGGCGAUUUUAUUAGGGGGUGCGUUUGUGGUGGAUGUUGUGGAGAAGGAACAGGAGGAGAGGAAGGCUUAG